AUGAGGAGAAUGUUUGCCACACUUACGCGUGUGCAAUUCAACAAUGUCUCAGCAGGAAGAACUACGACGAGAAGAAAUGCCGAAAGGAGAUCGAGCGCUGGAACAGAUGCCUCGUCGAAGCAAAGCUCAAAAACGCUGAAACCCGUUCUCAAGCCGACAUUUAGAGCCGCGAGUGCCGCCAAGCCCGAGAAUAUGCCACAGAAGCCUUGCGCGCUGGUUGCUUAUCUUACUUUUGCGGGCGAUGUCUAUUCGAUGGCUUCAUAUUUGCGACACCCCCCACAACUCGCAGCUGCCAAAUCCACCAAUACGCAAAAGUUCCCGCCAGCAAAAAGGUCGAGGCCGCCAUAA